ACCAGACUCUCUCUGCCACCCCACUCGCUCACUGCGCUCUCGUCCUCGGCGCGGCUCGUAUCUGUGCGUAAGAGCGCACAGAUGGAUAUGUAAACUGGUGCACUCGUGAAAACGCGCAGUCUGAGCCCGUUAAAGCCUCUCUGGGAGGAAAAUGCGCCUCUGAGCGAGGGAGUUAAGAAAGACGGAGAUUUAUUUUUUUUAUCCAGAAUUGAAAUAAUUUCCUCUUUGCCAAUAAAAUAAUUUUGGAUGAUGAUGAUGAUUUGGUAAAGAUGCUCAUCUGUGCGGAUGACGGUGUGUUGCUCUCCGGGUGGAUGUUUCUGGACUAUCAUGGUCGCGCGCCUUUCCUCUUCCUCGUUUCUGCGUGAAAUUGAACGGAGGAGAACGCACGACGAUGAGAGGGAAAUACUUUCUCCUCGCCUUCUUGUUGCUCAAACUUAUGGCUCUGGUGUGCAAGGCUGACGGGGAGCCUGGGCUGCUCGGGGGAUUCGUGAUGAUCGCCACCUCUAAUGGCACCCGGGAGGAGGAAAACCCGUCCGAGGAGUCUCCGCACACCGAGGAGGAAUGUCAGGGUUACUACGACGUAAUGGGCCAGUUUGACCCGCCGUUCAUCUGCAAAACGGGCAAUUAUCUGUACUGUUGCGGCACCUGUGGCUUCCGCUUUUGCUGCUCCUACAAGCACUCGCGUCUGGACCAGAAAAGCUGCACGAACUACGAGACCCCGCCGUGGCUGUUACCGGGACCGGGUCCCCACAAACCGAACCCAAUGCACGACAGCACUAAAGAGAAGACGAACUUAAUUGUUUACAUCAUUUGUGGAGUUGUGGCCAUCAUGGCACUGGUGGGAAUUUUCACCAAACUGGGUUUGGAGAAGGCGCACCGGCCCCAGAGGGAGAACAUGACCAGGGCCGUAGCCAGCGUGCUGCAUGGCGGGUGCCCAGGUGAGCAGUUCCGUGGGGAGGAGACCCUUGGCAUGCACUCACAGCAUUUUGUUUCCAGGGCCACAAAUCUCCAGAGUGCCCAGAUUAACAGCAAUGUGGGACAGAGCUCAAACAUUGGCCAGCAGCACCCGAAUCCGGCCCUCAGCCAGCUGACCCAUGUCUAUGAGCAUCAGCAGCAGCAGCAUCAGCAGCAUCAGCAGCAGCAGCAUCAGCAGCAGCAGCAUCAGCAGCAGCAAAUCAAGGAUCUGAAUAAAUAUGCCUCGCUGAAGGCUGUAGCGGCCAAGUACAACGGUGAACUUUACAACAAACAUCGACUCAUGGUGGAGCUGCCAAUGAAGGGUGGCCUUCCUUUGCUGCCAAUGGGAAACUCCAGACCCUCUAUGGGUAACAUGUCUUCAAUGACUCCUUCGUUGGCCACCAAUACCAUGGCUUCUAACCACAUGACCUCCAAUCCCAUGAACCCCACCAUCUCACAGAUGACCCCAAUGACAUCUAUGACACCAAUGACAUCGAUGACUCCCAUGACAUCAAUGACAGCCAUGACCUCACACACUCCAAUGACCUCCUUGACUCCCAUGACCUCCUUGGGUCCACUGACUCCAGAGCCUGUGGCCACCUAUGUCACUGAGAUGCCAAACAUCUCCUCAGUCACAAGCCUCCCAGCAGAGAGGCACAUAGUUGGUGUAGGAGGACUCAAGCCAAAUGGCCAAAAACCCAAAGGCAGCCAUAGUCAUGUUGCCCACAGCUCCCACAGCUCCCACACUUAUUCUCACAGCCACAGUAGCAAGCCACCAGGACUUGGGGCUACUUCCCUGGCACACAUGGUGGGGACUAUGCCAGGCUGCACAUCCCUGGGCAUCUCCAGGGCUGCUGAGACCUCCUUUGGCUCAGGCUCAGCUACAAUGGGUCGGCCAUUGGCCUACAGUUCCAACACAAUCACAACUGGGCAUGCAAUGGGGUUUGGGAUAAAGGGCUGGGACGGGACUGAGACAGUGGGCAGGAGGAAGAGCUAUGGGCACAAGAGGCCUCAGUGUACCGUACUGGAACCAAAUCAGCUCCACAGCACCAGAGGCCACAGCCACAGCCAACACUUUCUCCCCACACAGCCCUACUUUGUGACCAACAGUAAGACAGAGGUGACUGUGUGAGAAGGGAAGAAAGAGAUGAAAAACGGAACAAAGGAUGCAUGUGGAGUGGUGACACAUGUAAUCUCUGAAGGGAGACGCCAUCUCCCACAAUGUUCAAAGUUGCAGAUCUGCUCAUGUGUUUGUGUGACGAAGUGGAGGCUCAUUGCUGUAACGUGUCUGAGUGGUCCUUGCCUUGAAAACAGAGCUCACCAACUAUAUCACUCAACUGAUCUUUGUAGACAAGACAAUGGUUUCCAAGGCUGGUGUUACUGAGUACACCUUAGUGAAGUUAGGCUGUUGCCUCACAGCAAAUAUUGUCUCUGGAUUGAUGAGUACGUCUGAAGAUUAGGAGGAUCAAGCAGAUGUUAUGUGGGGUAAACCAAUGAUGAUUCAUUGGGAUGGCUAAUAAAAACCAAACCUCAGAAGCAAUACAACUGAUCAAACAUGAGAAAUGCAGAACGGUCACCCAAAAAUAUUUCAACAAAAGGUUUCCUGAUCUGUUUGAUACAGCAGACUGGAAGGAACCCAUCAUUAUUCAGACUCAAAAUUAACGAGGGCUUUGAUACACAUGAUUAUAGAGCUGGGAUUUUAAUUGCACACAGGCUUUGUGCUGUGGCCCCUCAGAAGCACCUUUUUGAGCUCUGCAGUUGAAGGUUGCCAUCUUUCACUAAGUUCAAAAUCAGAGAGGAAGUCCAUCACACUGGCUUUGAUGACUUCAUGAUACAUGCCUGGAAACUUUAACGAUGGGAUUGUUAAAAAGCCUACGACAAAGUGCACCAAUAAAGGUUUCUGAAUGAUGGAAAUACCUUGUUAGCAACUCAAAACAAAUGUGUGCGCUUUUCUCUCAUUGAAAAUCUUGCAAACUAAAUGUUUUAUGUUUAAAUGAAUUGAAACAAUAAUUGCACAAUUAAUCAGUCAAAUGAUCGAUUGAUGUUUUCAUGUUUGUACCUUAACCUCGCAUGAAACAAACAAAAACAGCAGGCCAGUCUUCUGCAAUAAAGAGGGGUAUUUCUGACAUUUCUGAGUAAAAUACAUUUUCCUUAAUUCGAAAAAGAGAUGAUAUUUAAGAGGUAAUGCCAGCAGUGAAGAAACCAACUACUGGCCAUUGUAAACAUCACCCAGUGGUGCUGUUAGAAUAGCUCGAAUAAUUGUCCAUUUGUGUGUAAUUGUAAAGGAUGCUGUAGGAGAAGAGUGACACAAAUUAAGCAAACAGUAAAAAUAUUCUCUAUAGAUUCUUUAUCCCUUCUUCCCCAGGGCCGUAACAAAUUUUUGUCUCUUGUGGUUGCCUAGGUAAAUCAAGGUAUCUGGGAUCAAUUCAUGAUGGCUUUUCUUAAAUGGAUUUGACUCAACAAAAUUAGACUUUCUGGAAUCAAAAACUUGAAGAUACAUUGUCUCGACGUCAUCCAAAAGGUAUGCUAGGUUUAAAAAAUACAAACUACUGAACGUGUUCUAAGGCAAAAUACAUGAUUUUUUUUGUAAUUAAAGGAGGACUUAUAUCUAGUUGACAAAAUAAAAAAUAUUUAGGCAAUGCACUGCCACAGGGAGCUAAGCUUGAUCAGAUCAUUCAAUGCACCUAAAAAUAUCACAACCAGCUGGAAAAAUUUCUGUGGGUUACAUGACUCAAACAUAAAAAUAAAUCUGUGUCUGACAAAUAGGCCAAAUCUUUGAAGGGCUUCUUCAAGCCUAUCUGCAUGUUUUUGUCGGCAGUGUUCACGUUAGCUUCUGCAGCAACGACUGUGACCUUGUCAUCGACAACUGCUGCUUCCACCUCUGUUGUUUGAAAUCCAGGUUCCAACGUGUUUUUCUAUUUUUUUGGGAAAGUAGUGAUGCACAAACAGCUGCUUGUUGGCUCAGAUAAGGUACACAAACAAAGAUAUGCUGGGAGGACAUUUGUGAAAAAAACAAAACAAAAGGUGUUAAUAACUCAUUUUUAUAGCUUAAGAGAAAGAGGUGCACAUGACAAUCUGAGAGAGAAAAAGAUGUUAAAUUAUGAUGUGAAUACCAGUGACACGUUUUACUGUCAGCACCACUUUCUGGGUCCAGACUGCGUGAAGAUUUGAGGUGCAAAGGAGCACCUAAUAUCCCAGCUCCUAAAUCAGAACUAAGUCGGCUGAGCGGGAGAUAAGGGGGUCUUAAAAGAGGGAUGUUUUUUGCCUAAUGCUGUGCAACACCCUGCUGCCUUUGAGGGUCACACGAUUAAAGAACUGAGACCCGACUGAAGGCACAGAACGGGAUUUUAAAACUUAUCCGAGUAAUAAAAACGUGUCAUUUAUACAGAACGCCCACGACAAACACAUUCACACUUACACACACACACACACACACACGCAGUCUCAGAAUAUUUUACAGGGUGGGCUCUGCUUCUCUUGCGUUCCCACAGUGCCAAGCGGCAGGUGUCAUCACAGCAGAGAGACAAAGAGUCGGUACUGUUACUGCACCUGUUGUACGAGCAGGACUGUGAAACUCCAGAUCUUGGCCCUUUGUAGCGAUUACUGAUAAAAUGCUUUUUAUACCAUAUAAAUAUACAUAGCCUUUCGCUCUUGUUCUAUAUUCCUUUUCACCCUCCUCUCUCUGUAUAUGAAGGGAAUGUUCAGAGCAGAAAUAUGAGAAAGAGAAAUAAAUCGUUCUUGACAUGGGGGAGCACAGAUGUAUGGAAACGAUGAAGGUGUGUUUUCUCGUGAGAAUUGCUAAAGCAGGAAAAUUAGAGCGAUUGCUCUUAUGGAGUAAAUAUUUGUUUUUGUACCGUAAAGUGUUCUCUUGACAGCUGCACACAUUUUGCUGCUUUAAAGCGACAGUGUGUAUUUUCCCUGGCGAUAGGGGGCAGUACAUACCUAAAUCAUUGCAAGCAAGCUGUAUUUUUGUGUUUGAGUAAGACCUCACUAACGGGUGGCCAUUAGGGUCAAAAAUCCUUGGGAGUGCAACCUCCAGCAGAAUGACAAGCACAUCAGACUUCCUUUCAUCACUGGCAACAAGUUAGGAGGAAAACGUGUAAAACAACAUCUAUGAAUGGUGAAAGUUUUGUAACCAUUUGUUACAAAUCAGUAAAUGCAUUUUGUCCUCACAGGCUUCCGUGGAAGCAAACAUGGCAUCGCUCAGAGACUUAGACCCACUCCCAUGUAUUUUAGACCAGAUUUUUAUUGUUAUUUGUUACAAAACCGCCAAUACGUGUCAACAACUGGGCAUCAUUUAAUUCACUUUCAAUAACAUUUUGAUGGAUUUUUUCAUAGAUUAAUGGUAAAAACUACACAUUGUCACUUUAACAUUUGCCAAGGCUGUGUUUGUAUGUGAAUCCAACUUUGGUAUUGUCUCUGAAAACACAAAAACCCCAAACAAAGUCAUGUGAUUUAUAACCUGCAAAAUUUAUUUGGAUUCUAUAGAAAAGGGAAGGAAAAACUCCCCUGUGGAUUUAUUCUUCUCUCCACUGCUUUUGGUAUUUAAUUUUUCCUUUCCCUGACAGAUUGAAGGCUUGGCUUGUGCCCAACUUGAAUAAAAGGUCAGAGUUUUCAGGAUGUGUCUGAUCAGAGUCAAUUGACUUAAUCCAGCAAGGCAGAAAUGGUGAAACGUGGCAGCCCUUCCCUUUGCCAGCUGCCACUGCCUCAUCUUUAGUAUAGCUCUGCAAAAAAGACCACAAACAAUAAGCAGGCUGCAAUGUAGAGACGCCUUCUUCACAAAAAUAGAAAAAAACUUUGUCAUUUAGUCUUAGUGUCAAAAUACCCCUGACAGAAAACGAUUGGCUGGGCGGCGGUCGAAAGGGUCAGAACCACAGAUGAGUGGGUUCAGGAGGCAGUCAUGUCUGACAUUGUUCAUCAGGCAGCCAGACAGAACACCACAACACAAAAAAGAACACAGGUGUGACAAAACAACACUACAUAUUCUUGUUUAGCUCAAAACCAUGUUUGAAUAAACCAUGGUUUUUCUAGUAGCAACCUUAUAAGCCGUCACUGUAAACGUAACAUUUAGAGAAGCAGAAAUAAUCACAUUUGCUUUGUUAUUUGUGUUUGAUUCAUGUAAACUUGCAGCAGAGUGUCAAAGCAUCCCUGUCAAAAACUGGUCACAUCAUUUAAGCCUUUUGUUGUUGAUUUGUUGUUGACCGCGUCAAAUCAAAGGCUUAGUGCAUGCUGAGGACCUGCACUUACACUGUUAAAACGAUGGUUCCGCUUCAUGAGUGGGCUCCUGUAGAAAGGUUAGGAUUAACGUGUUGUAAACAGCCCUGAGUUUAGAGAAACAGGUUUAUUUUCACCAGACAGACAUGCUUUCAGAUAGCAACAGCUAGUCACAAGCUAACGGCUAGUUAGUGGCUAACAGUUAGUCACAACCAGGCAUAGAAUAUGAAUUUAGGUGAAGUAAUGCAAACAUCAUCAAAACACAAUGAUGUCACACACUGUAAUAAACAGGCCAGAAUAACUUAAAAACAAAAGUUCACCGGCUGCCUAUAAAACGUCUAUCAUGUCAACUUAGUCUCUUUCCGGAGUAUUUCUCUUAUCCGAUGGCUCCAUCUAGUGGCUGACAAACAUAUUUCGCAAAUAGUUUCUCCUUUCAUUUUUUAAGAUGGCGACUUCACAUUUCUUGUUUAUUAAUGUCCUUCUGUAGCCGACAAACAGAGCUAAAACAUGUUUUUUAUGAGUAUUAUUCUCAUGUCAUGCUGUGUUCUCAUAUAUUUAUAUUUUAGAGACUUGUCCGUGAAAAGUUCAUCAAAUCUGCCAUCGGCCGAGGUAUUCCUUAAAUAAAUGCUAUUGGUUAGUUCUGGUUGGCGCUCAGUUUCCUAUUGCAUGGAGCUCUGCGGGGCAGGGGCAUGCUAAGCGAAAAAUAAAAAGACGCAUUGCUUACAUUAUAUCGCAGUAUAUGAUCACUUUUAUGGGGUGGAUGAGAUCUGCCUGGAGUUCCUUAAGGCUCUGGAUGUUGUGGGGCUGUGUUGGCUGACGCCAAUAUCGCGUGGACAUUGGGGCAGUCCCACUGGACUGACAGACCGGGGUGGUGGUCCCCUUAUUUAAAAAGGGGGACCGCAGGGUGUGUUCCAACUACAGGGGGAUCACACUCCUGAGCCUUCCUAGUAAGGUCUUUUAGGGGGUUCUGGAGAGGAGGGUCCGUCGGAUGGUUGAACCUCAGAUUCAGGAGGAGCAAUGUGGUUUUUGUCCAGGCCGUGGAACACUGGACCAGCUCUAUACCCUUAGGGGGAUCCUGGAGGGUGCGUGGGAAUUUGCCCAACCAGUCUACAUGUGUUUUGUGGAUCUGGAGAAGGCAUUUGACCGCGUCCCCUGGGGGGCCCUGUGGGAGGUACUCCGGGAGUAUGGGGUACCAGGCCCUCUGAUACGGGCUGUUAGGUCCCUGUAUGACCGGUGUCAGAGCUCGGUCCGCAUUGCCGGCAGGAAGUUGGGCUCGUUCCCAGUGAGAGUUGGACUCCGCCAAGGCUGCCCUUUGUCACCGAUUCUGUUCAUAACCUUUAUGGACAGGAUUUCUAGGUGCAGCCAAGGUGUGGAGGGCUUCCGUUUUGGUGGCCUGAGGAUCAGAUCUCUGCUUUUUGCAGAUGAUGUGGUCCUGUUGGCUUCAUCAGAACGUGAUCUUCAGCUUUCGCUGGAGCGGUUCACAGCCGAGUGUGAAGCAGCUGGGAUGAGAAUCAGCUCCUCUAAAUCUGAGACCAUGGUCUUGAUUCGGAAAAGGGUAGAAUGCCUUCUCCGGGUCAGGGAUGAGGUCCUGCCCCAAGUGGAGGAGUUUACGUUUCGGGGUCUUGUUCACAAGUGAGGGAAAACUGGAGCAUGAGAUCGAUAGGCGGAUUGGUGCUGCAUCUGCAGUGAUGCGGGCGUUGUACCGGCCUGUCGUGGUGAAGAGAGAGCUGAGUCGGAAGGCAAAGCUCUCCAUUUACCGGUCGUUCUACGUUCCUACCCUCACCUGUGGCCAUGAGCUUUGGGUAGUGACCAAAAGAAUAAGAUCACAGAUACAAACGGCUAAAAUUAGUUUUCUCAGCAGGGUGUUUGAGCACUCCCUUAGAGAUAGGGUGAGAAGCUUGAUCAUCCAGGAGUGUCCCGGAGUAGACCCGCUGCUCCUCCACAUCGAGAGGAGCCAGUUGAGGUGGCUCAGGCAUCUGGUCAUGAUGCCUCCUGGAUGCCUCCCUGGUGAGGUUUUCCGGGCACGUCCAACCGGGAGGAGACCUAAAGGUAGAUCCAGGAAACGGUGGAGGGACUAUGUCUCUCACCUGGCCAGGGAACACCUUGGGAUUCCCCCGGAGGAGCUGGCCUAAGUGGCUGGGGAGAGGGAAGUCUGGGCGUCUCGCCUUAGGCUACUGCCCCCGCGACCCGACUCCAGAUAAGCAGAUGAAAAUGGAUGGAUGUUUGGAUGGAAUUUAAGUUAAGCAAUUCAUGUUUGUCCAUUCAAAUUGAAAGUUUACGCUAACUGAACUAGUGGAUUAAUUGUUUGUACUCGUGUUACCAAUAUGGCGGCUGUCGAGCCAAGUUAGGUAACAGGUGAAGCAGGAAAAUAACAGCAACACUGAAAGGUAGAUAGCUAGCUCAAGGCCCAUAUGCUGCAUGACUGUGUGCAGCCAGUGAGCACAAAGGAGCUGAGUCCAGAGCAUUUAGCCUGAACUGCCAGAUGAGGGAAGUGGAAUGGCACAAUGGUCCCAUUCCUUCGACCGCCCUCCUCACUUAUGAUGCCAACAUGACAACAACAAAUAACUCCCCCUUUGCAACACUGAUCAUCAUUUUUUAAUCUAUAAAUUCCAGCUUUAAAUUGACUGUUGAGAAUGAGGAAAAUAUAACAAUUUGUUGAAAUAACAAGUAAUUUUAAGUUUUCAAUAUCAAAACUGAGUUUAACACUCAAAACCCAACAGGGAGACUUUAAUGAAAUUGUAAAAAUAAACUAAAACAACUUUUCUUGUAUCAUUACAGGGCAGACUACCCACAAUGCAAAAAUGUCUGCCAUAUUUUCAGAGGUGAAGAUAAAACAUAUUUGUAAGGAGUCAGAUGUUCAGGGUUAGUUUACAUGAAGUCAAACACAUUUUAUUAUUCAGUUUCUAGUUGAGUAGAUUUUGAAAUGUACUACAUGUUCUGAAUUUUAUGCCUGACACACUUAAAGUUAGAUUUCUGAUAUUUUAAUUUAGUUUUGUUAAAAUAAAAAAUAAAAAAAUAAAAAAAGCUGUUUCUCCUGCCCAUGGUGUUAACAUUGACUGCAACCAGUCCAUCUUGGACAACAUGGCACCGAUGUGGUUGUUAUGGUUAUGCCGCAUAUCUGUGUAAAUCACACAGAUAUAAAGGCUUGAACAUUUUGUUUGCAUAAAGUGUAAAACUUUGAAAUAAUAGUUUUAGGAUGAAAGUGAGCACUGUUGCCUUGCAGCAGGAAGGUUCUGAGUUCAAAUCCCAACUUGGGGUCUCUCUGCAUGAAGUUUGCAUGCUCUCCCUGUGCACACAUGGGUUCUCUCUGAGUACUCUGGCUUCCUUCCACAGUUCAAAAACAUGACUGUCAAGUUGAUUGGUCUCUUUAAAUUGGCCUUAAGAGAGUGUGUGCUUGGUUGUUAGUCUUGUGCGUGUCCGCGUUGCCCUGCGAUGGACUGGCAACUUGUUCAGGGUGUACCCGGCCUGUAUGCCCGAAGACAGCUGGAGAUAGACACCAGCCCCCCAUGACCCUGCACGGACAAGCAGGUAUAGACCAUUGAUGGAUGGAUGAAAGUGACCCCUUUGAAAAAGACUAUGACUAGAAUCUAUUUCUCCAAAGUCAGGUUGUUCAUAGUUAUCUACAAUUGGUGAGAUAUUACUUAUUCAUAACAUUUCCACAAAAAUCCACCUUAAAAUGAUCUGAACAUCACUUUAAUGAUACCUUAUGGCUUGCCACCUGCAAACUGUCCAAACAAGAGGUCUCUGCAGAAAACGAGUGGGUGUGGUCCAGUCAAACUGAGCACUGGACAGCUAAUGAGUGUCCUUCAAGGGAGGUGGGCUGUACAUCUCAUGGUGUCUAAUAAUUAUUUAUAAAGAGCUACAAUGUAACAAUGAGUUCAACUGUAAACUCCACUACUGAUAUUUCUUAUCUCUGUUUUCAGUAAAUGAUACAAAUGACAAUUUAAGUCCUAUUGGAUUAAAAACAGAGUGGUGCAUGGUGGCGCAGUGGUUAGCACUGUUGCCUCGCAACACGAAGGUCGCAGGUUCGAAACUCGGCUGCGGCCUUUCUGCGUGGAGUUGCGUGUUCUCCCCAUGCAUGCGUGGGUUUUCUCCGGUACUCCGGUUUCCCCCACAGAUCACAACAUGCCCUAUAGGUUAAAAAAAAUGUAAGUCGCUUUGGGUAAAAGCGUCUGCUAAGCACAUAAACAUAAAAACACAGAUGGGAAUUAGGAUUUUCUUUAGAAAUCUGAUUUCUCCUUUUCAUGAUUUACUGAAAUCCACACGAAUGGUUUCAGUCCGACAUCUAGAGGGAGGGACAGUCCACAUUUGCUUUUGAUUAUUGAAACUCUAAAUAAAGUAUUCUUGCAUCAAACUGUCACAAGCAUCUUAUUUGAACUAGUUCAUGAGUUUGAUGACUGAAGGUUUAAUGUGUCAUGUUUAAAAGGAAACAUAGAUCCCCUAAGCUCAGGCAUUCAUAACGAUAAAAACGUUUAUGCACUAACAAGGACUGAGCUCUCACGAAACCUCUAAAUCAACAGAGAAAAGGCUUAGCGGGGAGACUAUGGGGCUAUUGUCCAAAACUUGGUCAAAAACAAACUCAUAAAUACAAAUCAAGUCUUCAGAUCUGCCCGUAUUUUGAUUUAUUUAUUUUUUUGGGUGAAGCUGACAGCGCCUUCGCCUUUUGUUGUUGUCCUGCAAUAUUUAAUGAGGAGGCCAAACAAGAACUAAAAUAGCUCCGGUUUGUGAUGGUAAAACUUGCAAAAAAAAUAAACCAAGUCUCGCUUUCUGGUCCGUUGAUUAAAAUGAGUUGCAGAAAACACCUGGGAGAGUGUAAAUCAGAGACGACUGACCGCUCACACACACACACACACACACACACACACACACACACACACACACACACACACACACACACACACACACACACACACACACACACACACACUCUCUCUGUCCAAGCUUGUCCGCAGCUUGAGUCAAUAAGACAGAUUUGUGAAGUGUAUGGGAAAAUUUUUGAUGCCCCUGUUGUGUUGAAUAUUUAUUAAAAACUCUUUCUCAUAUUUAUGCUAAAACACGUAAAGCACAGAUGUUUCUUGAUGUCAGCCAGAAUCAGGAAAACCCUGUCGUCUGUGAGGAUUCCUUUAAUGGUGAGAAGUAGCUGUGACGGUCUUUUUCCAGAAUAAAUGCAGGAGAAAUAUUCCUUUUGCGGAUGAGGAGAGGACAUGAUCUGUACAGCUUAUUGGGAAAACAAUAAAGGGCUCAAACACAAGCGACAUUCUUAAAAAGUCAUCCUCCUUUAAUUUCUGCCCUUUACUGUUGCUGUUUAUGAGCUGGCAGCCAACACAGAGCAGCACCUGUAUGAUCACAUAUUACUAUUUAACAAAAGGGUUCUCAUUUCUGGUGUUUACAAGUUUGUACAUGUUUAUGUGAGACUGUCUACUUUUAUGCACACGGAGACAGGGGAGACACGAUGCUUGCUGUCCAGUAACGCUCAACAUCUCUGCUUUAACGGCUCCUUCGGUGUGUUUGACAUGUCCGGUUUUUAUCUUUAAGUCAUCAUAACAUGCACUAGCUGUUUUAUUAGAAGGGUUUAAACCGUGGUGAUUUAAAAGUAAAAAUCUGGUUCAGCACUGAUGGGUUUAAUAAAUCAAUAAUCUAUUUGCAAUAUGAUACUAUCCCUUUGAGAGUAUAUCCAUUUUUAGGAUCGAUUUUUUGAUGUUAAUCACACACAACGUGCAGAAAGUGACAUGAGAUUCCAUUUUCUACUUUUGAUGUCAGGACCAGUUAGUGGUAUUUAUGCACUCGUGUAUAUGGAUACAUAUAGUUUGGCCCACGAACACAUCGUCUCUGAGUUUAUUUCUGAUUUUAGAGCCCACCACCUUCUAUCGUUUGCACAGUAGCUUAUGAUAUGCACCGUGAUGCCCCAUCGUCCUUUUACUGUUCACUGACUUUGUAAUUUGUGAAACGAAGUUAUAAAAAAACUGUAUUUUGGUACUACACAAAUAUUGUAAAAAAUAAAAAGUAUGUAUUGUCCAGGAAGUAUAUUACCACAGUGUUGCUAUGACUGUUUUAUUUUGAUUUGGGGAAGGGAGAACAUGGAUCUUUUUGUUGGAUUGUUGUUGAUUUGCCAUCUGACAGUAUAUUACCAUUGUUAUAUAUACAACUUUCUUACGUGGCAAUAAAAUAUGACUUCUGUACUUGUGCUCCUCUCAUUGCAUUCCUUUGGCUUUUAGAAAUAUAUUUCCUAACCAUGCUGUCCCUAGAGGAAGACGUACUACACACUUUCUAUUGCUUGCUGCCUCUCGUUUAAGUCUUGUUCUUGGGUCUCCACCGAUUCCACUCCAACAAACAUUUGAUGUGUGAUGUAUGUUUCACUUCACCACAUGUUAAAGCCUGAUUUCUUUCCAGGACUAAACAUUUCACUCUGGAACGGGAAAUUUGGAAUAAAACCAUCAGAAAUGUUUUUCCUUU